AUGAACGCAAAAUUUUAUGCACUUGUAAUUGCAGCGCUGGCGCGCUGUGCGCACGCGAGAGUGUCGUUUGACGAGGUCAUGGAGAUGCAAAGCACUGAAAUAGGAGAGAGUACCGCCUUCAUCAACCCGAGGGGGCCGCUCUGCCUGCUGCGCGGGCUCGUGUACUCCGAGCUAGGCUACAUGCACAACAAGCGCUUCUUUUCGCACGAGAUAAAAACCGACUAUAAGCUGGAGCCUGAUGGGGAUGUUGAAACCACAAUAGAGCACAAAUACACAAGAAAUGCACAGAAUGACAAGCCCUACCCGCCUGCGGAAGGGCCCGCUCUGGGCUCCAAGCCUGCUGGGAAAAACUACGCCGAGGAGUACCACCGCACCCUCAUCGAGAUGUUUCCGUCUGUCGACGGGCACACCUUGUCGGUCGCUGUCGCCCGAGAGGACUCGUUCUUCCAGGCUCUGCAGGGGAUGCCCACCAAACAGCACGCGCACUACGUGCUGGCUGCGCUCCUCUUGCUGAGCGAGGGCGUCAAUGUGCCCAUCGAGGCCACACAGAAAAAGAUCACACUGGGAACAAGCAUUCUUGGCAACUUGCCGCCAGAGCACAGAAAAACUGUGGGAAAGGAAAGCAGCACAGUAGUGUUUAAAACAAAAAAAGACUUGUGCAAAAAGGCUGCCCAGGUCAUAAACUUCUUCAAAGAGAACAUGCAAAAAGAAAAGCUUCCGUGCACGCCAGAGGCCUUCAGCACCGGGGACUUUCUAAACACGCCGCAGUUCCUUAUCCAGGCGUACGUCUUUGAGUACAUCACGAGCAAGAGCGAUGCUCUGGACUUCGCAGCGUGCGUGCACAGCAUCCUCACAAGCCUGCAGAAAAAAGACUGCAAAGACGUAUACAGCGCGUGCUUUGUGGAGAGCAAGGCCAAGGCUGAGGAAGACGAGCUUCUGCACCCGCUUAGGAUGAUUCAGACAAAAAUGAAGAUUCUACAGACGUUCCCGUUCGUCAGCCCGAGCAUGCUGCCGGCGUACACAAGCGUGCAUGCCUGCAAGAGAGGCCAAACAGAGUUUUUGGACGAAACCUUCAGCAACUGCGUGGAGACCGGCCUGUUUGCGCUCUUCUGCUGCCUUGCACACGGCCCAGCCCAGAAAGAAUACGACGCGGACGCCAUGCUCGGCAAGAAAAAAGGGCACAAGACAACAGAGGCCCUCCGCAAAUUCUUCCAGUUGAAGGGCGUCAGCCCAAAGGUGUGCGCCACCAAAGACACGCUGCAGGAGUGGAACCGCGUCGUGUCUGACCUGCAGAGCGAGCACAUCGCGUACAAAAGGGAGAGCAGAAACGAGGUGCGCUCCGGAAUUUUUAAUGCUCUCUACGUUGUCGCAGAGGCAGCAGGCAGGCAGAAGGAGGAAGAGCCGAGAAUACGCGAGCUUGCGCAGAUGCUAGAAGACUCCGAGAUUGGCAAGACCUAUGGAGACGUGUUUGAAAAAACACAGGAGUACGUGGAAAAGCUUUUCGAGUCUCUCUCCGUGGAUAAGAGCCUAAGAGUGGAAUUCUCCGACUUGAAGGUCGACGCCCGGAGCGACGGGCAGAAAGACCUCUAUGGAAAAAUCACCCUGAAGUACACAGACAAGGACAGCGUGAUAGAGCAGGGCUUAUGCCUUGCCUUUAAGCCUGGACAUCUAGCAGCCACCCUGUGCCCGUACGUCUUCCUUUCUUCUGAAAGUGGUGAAGAAGAGGCCUUCUUUGCAGUGGACAGUCACCUAGAGCCCAAGGAGUUUGUCGAGUGCUUGUUUGCCGGAUAUGCAGACGCGUGGAGGCCCAGACACGUGGAUCUCCGCAAGUCUAAGCUUAUUGAAGAAAUUUGGCAUACCACAAAACGUUUGGCUGUAGGCAGAGCUCCAGAGCACCCAAACGAGCUUUUGGUGCUGGGACUGGCUUUAAAGCAUAUUCAGGCGCAAAAAAUUGCUGAGCAUUUCUUUUUGCAUGCAGCAGCACGCGGCACCGAGCUGACCCAAGAGCGCCCAGGCAUGCGCCUUGUCUUGAAUCUGCUUGGCAGCCUUCCGCUGGACGACUAUGCAACGCAAAACGAUGUGCUGCAGCACAUAGUAUGCCUGGGCCUGCGGCAUCCGAGCAUCAGCCUGUCAAAGAAAAGAGUUUGUGAAAUCUAUAGAGGCGCAUGCGCCAUCACCAGAAUAGAGGGCUAUGCUGGAGCCAACUACACGCCCGCAGUAAACGCCAUCACGAAAUACUUUAGAGAGUACAAAGAAAAAGCAAGACAGCCUCUUUUCCAGUGCAACAAAUUACAAAACUUCGCUGCUAUCUCUGACUUGUUUCCCCUUUUGCUUGCAGACAAAACGUUGUCGAAUGCAAAAGAAAUUGGCAAGCUUAUUACCGACAAGGAGGAGAAAGACCGGGAGAAGGCGAUGGAUGCCAAGGCAAUCUUCGACCUCCUCCUAUUCCUCGCCAGCUUGAAAGACAAAGACACUCCGCCCAAUCUGGUGCUUGCUCUGGGCAGCAGGCUUGGGCCAAGGUCGAUCCAGGCAUGCAAUGACGCCAAUUGCCUGAUUCUUAUCCGCAGCAAAGAAGCCUCUAGGAUGCUGAAGGCUCUGAAGACGCACCAACGCGCCCUGCUGCAGGCGCCCAACAGAGCGGAGGUGUUCAACGGCGUGAUGGGCAUAUUCCAGCUAAUCAUAGACAAGAAGAAGUAG